GACCUGUGUUUCUUGACCACCGAGAUGAACUUGAAGGAACGUACAAAGUUUACUGCCAGAACCACGAUGAAGCCAUUUCACUGCUAGAAAUCUACGAGAAGGAUGAGAAGAUCCAGAAGCACCUUCAGGGCUCCUUGGCAGAUCUUAAGAGCCUGUACAACGAAUGGGGAUGCACCAAUUAUAUCAACCUGGGCUCCUUCCUCAUCAAGCCCGUACAGAGAAUAAUGCGUUACCCGCUGCUGCUAAUGGAGUUGCUGAACUGCACCCCAGAGUCCCACCCGGAUAAAGUGCCUUUAACCAACGCAGUGCUUGCUGUCAAGGAAAUCAACGUUAACAUUAAUGAGUACAAGCGUCGGAAGGAUCUAGUGCUUAAGUACCGAAAAGGUGAUGAAGAUAGCCUGAUGGAGAAGAUCUCUAAGCUGAACAUCCACUCCAUCAUCAAGAAGUCCAACCGGGUCAGCAGCCACCUGAAACACCUCACCGGCUUCGCUCCUCAGCUAAAAGAUGAAGUAUUUGAAGAGACAGAAAAGAACUUCCGGAUGCAGGAGAGAUUAAUUAAAUCUUUUAUCCGAGACCUGUCCCUCUACCUCCAGCAUAUCCGGGAAUCUGCGUGUGUGAAAGUUGUGGCAGCCAUGAGCAUGUGGGAGCUGUGCAUGGAGAGGGGACACCGUGACCUGGAGCAGUUUGAGAAGGUGCAUCGCUUCAUCAGUGACCAGCUCUUCACACACUUCAAGGAGAGGACCGAGCGGCUUGUCAUCAACCCCCUAAGCCAGCUAUUGAGCAUGUUCACGGGGCCACACAAGCUGAUGCAGAAGCGCUUCGACAAGCUCCUGGACUUCUACAACUGCACCGAGCGAGCGGAGAAGCUUAAGGACAAGAAGACUCUGGAGGAGCUGCAGUCAGCCCGGAACAACUACGAGGCUCUGAACGCCCAGCUGCUGGACGAGCUGCCCAAGUUCCAGCAGUACGCCCAGGGCCUCUUCACCAACUGCAUCCACGGCUACGCGGAAGCCCACUGUGACUUCGUGCAGCAGGCACUGGAGCAGCUGAAGCCCCUGCUGCCGUUACUGAGAGCCACUGACCGAGAAGGCAACUUGGUCGCCAUCUUCCAUGAGGAGCACAGCCGGGUCCUACAGCAGCUGCAGGUCUUCACCUUUUUCCCCGAGUCCCUCCUUGCUCCCAGGAAGCCCUUUGAGAGGAAAACCACAGACCGCCAGUCAUCCCGGAAGCCCCUUCUUGGCAUGCCGAGCUACAUGCUGCAGUCAGAGGAGCUCCGGGCCUCCCUGCUGGCAAGGUACCCACCUGAAAAGCUCUUCCAGGUGGAACGGAACUUCAACGCUGCUCAGGACUUGGAUGUCCCCCUUUUGGAAGGCGACCUGGUGGGUGUGAUAAAAAAGAAAGACCCCAUGGGCAGUCAGAACCGCUGGCUCAUCGACAAUGGAGUCACCAGAGGUUUUGUGUACAGCUCCUUCCUGAAGGCCUACAAUCCUCGGUGCAGCCAUUCGGACGCCUCAGUGGGCAGCCACUCUUCCACAGAGUCGGAACACAGCAGCUCCUCCCCCAGGGUCCAGCGGCAGAGCAGCAACAGUGCCUUGACCUUCAACUCCAACAACAUGACUGUGUCCUUCACCUCAGGGCUUUCCCCGAAGCAGCACCAGGACACGUCUUCACUGAAGGAAUGUGACCAAGGAACUCUCAGUGUGUCCUUGAACAUGGGGAGUCCAGAAACUGGACCUUCCAGGUGCUUUCCAGACCCAGACUCUCCCUGCCAGCUUAGGCCAGGGGACUCUGCAGAUGGCACCAGAGACAUAAGCCAACCUGCUUCAGUCCCCAGGGGCUGCCAGAGAAGCUUCAGGCAUUCAGAGGUGGUCGGUUACUCUGUACCAGGGCGAAACGAACAAGGUAAUGACUCCAUAAAAGGAAGUGCAAGAGCCUAUCAGACUGUAGAAGACAGAAACAGAGGGCUCGGGAGCGGUGAGACAGAAGGCAACCAGGUCUAUUUUGCCGUCUACACCUUCAAGGCACGAAACCCAAAUGAACUGAGUGUGUCAGCCAAUCAGAGACUCAGGAUCCUUGACUUUAAAGAUGUCACAGGCAAUACAGAGUGGUGGUUGGCUGAAGUUAAUGGGAGGAAGGGCUAUGUCCCUUCCAAUUAUAUCCGGAAGACUGAGUACACCUGAGCCAGGUUGCCCCCACCCUCCCUUGCCGCUACUUUCAGUCUGCUGAAGGGCUCUGGUGGGCUCCAAGCGCCCACUGCUGAGCACAGGCCCCACCACACUGCUUAUCCAUAUCGUGGAGUGCAAGAUAAGCUUUACUCUCAAUUGGGUUGUACACUGUGAUGCUCGUUAGAAUUUGAAGUGGACCCCAAAGCUUGCCGAUGAGUCACUGACCACAAGGAGCUGGCCGGGUGCUGGUGUCAGAAAAGCAGUAUUGUAUGCAGGAAGCUUGUGCAUUGGUUGUUGCAGCCUCCAUGGUCGACUGAGCAGUCAGCAGAGAGGAGCAGGCUCAGAGAGCUCCGCCAUCACGCCUUCAUACAUGCCAGAUCACACUAAACCUGGUGCAUCAAAAUUUCAGACACCCCCAGUGCCCAGCACCCCUCCAAUCUCUGACAUGCUCCUGAUUUGUAGUUCAUAAAAUGCUAACCUUAUUUUUUUUUUUUCACUGCUCUUCUGUGAGAUGUUUACGGUCUUCCUUUUCUUUUGACCUUGUGUCUAGAAGGUUCUCUUACCUUAUCAGACGUGGUCAUCUGCCUCUUCCUGAUACUCUUCAACCUUAUAUGGUCUUUGUGUGAUGUCUCCUAACCUUUCUCCCCGUAUGUAAUAACGGACAGACUUUUCUAGACUACCCGGGUCAGCACUCAAGCUGGCCACUUAAAGUAUUAAUUCUGCAGUGAUCUCCAACCAGCUGAGCCUGGAGGAAGCCUGGAUGCCUUUCUCUGCCACCUGAGCACUGUGCUGCCAUCUAGUGGCAUCCACAUGGAAUUUUUCUUUCUCACCACCAACUGUCAUACUUCAGACACAAUAUUCAAAGCCAAACAGAUGCUAAAAGUGCCUAAUGAGACCUCACACCCAAGGCUGGGAGGUGCUCCCUAAACCUCAUGUGAAGAGAUGGCCCCUGAGACUUGCCUCAGCGGAGCCCUCAGACUCCAGGUGAGCACACCUUGGACCAGCCUUCCGGCCGCUGCUCCUCCAGUUUGGCCUUAAAAUCCUGGUGAAGCAAGACGUGGCAGCGGACAUCCCAGACACGUCUCCUGCUCCACUGGUCGAGGCCUCUUAGGAAGGGUUUAUAUUUAGAGAUGUUUAUAUUUAAGUAGCUAUUUUAUAAAUAAAAGUGUUUCUAUUGGCCA